UUUGCAUGAAAUCUCAAGAUCGUACACAAAUGAAUCGAGUUUCCAUCUGGGUGAUCUUCUUUUCCUUUUUCCUUAUCCUCCAUAUGACAAAUUCUGUGGAGGACGAGGUUAAGAACUCGCUCAUAGACUUUCUUUCCAAACUCUCCAACAAUAAUGUUGAUCCGGGGCUCAAUUUGCUUUGGAACUCAACCACUGAUCCCUGCAAGGACCAGUGGCCUGGUGUAUUCUGCGAUAGUCGAAAUGCUUCUGUGACAAAGUUACUUCUUUCCACGCUAAAUCUCAAUGGAAGUCUUGAUAUCACUUCUCUUUGUAACACGGAGUCCCUUGCUGCAUCUCUUAAUGUUCUUGCCCUCGAUGGCAACAGUAUUGGUGGAGGAAUCCCAGCUGAGAUUUCGAACUGCAGGCAACUCACUCGCUUGCACUUAAGUGGGAACCAACUUUCUGGAAGCCUUCCCAGUUCGCUUGCCAUGUUGGGUAAUCUAAAAAGACUGGAUAUUUCGAACAAUAACUUCUCUGGUGAGUUGCCAGAGUUGUCCCGGAUUUCAGGUCUGACAAUGCUCCUCGCUCAAAACAACCAUCUGAGUGGAAAGAUACCCAAGUUUGACUUCUCCAAUUUUGACGUUUUCAACGUUUCCGACAACAACUUCAGCGGCCUUAUUCCAGAUGUGGGCGGCCGAUUCUCUGAAAGCAGCUUCUUGGGCAAUCCCGAACUAUGCGGAGAUCCAUCGCCAAAGAAUUGUUCAUCCCUCCCACAGGAAGCGGACGACAAACCAAAGAGUCCCUCAACCAGUAAGAUUCUUAUGUACUCAGGCUAUAUAGUAGUGGCCUUGGUUUGUCUCGGGCUGAUCGUUUUCAAGCUGUGCAAAAGAAAAGCUAGAGAAGAAGAGGUUGAUGCAAAGAUCAAGGUAGUAGAAGUUGAUGACCGCAUCAGAAGGCACGGCAUAAUAUCAAACGAGUACAAAUCAGGUGUGAGCAGGUCAGAAAAUAUGGAUACCUCAUAUGAAAGUACGUUGGUUUCCUCCUCGCUGAUUGUCCUUGAAAGCCCUGUUGUGAAUGGACUAAAAUUCGAAGAUUUGCUCAGUGCUCCAGCCGAAUUGCUUGGAAGAGGAAAGCACGGUACCCUUUAUAAGAUCAUAUUUGAGAAUGGGAUGAAUUUAGUUGUCAAGAGGAUCAAGGAUUGGAUCAUUUCAAGCAAUGAAUUUAAGCAGAGGAUGCAAAGGAUGGACCAAGUGAAGCACCCAAAUGUACUGCAUGCUCUUGGUUAUUAUUGUUCCAAAGAGGAGAAGCUUUUGGUCUAUGAAUAUCAGGAAAAUGGAAGUCUAUUCAGGCUUCUUCAUGGAACCCACACGAGCCAAAAAUUUGACUGGGCAAACAGACUGUCUGUUGCAGCUAGUAUUGCUGAGGCAUUAGCCUUCAUGCAUCAAGAACUGAAAGAAGAUGGGAUUGCCCACGGUAACUUGAAAUCCUCCAACAUCUUGCUGAAUGGGAACAUGGAGCCUCGCAUAAGUGAAUAUGGUCUUAUGGUGAUGGAUACCCAAAAUGGCUCAUCUCUUCCCGACUCUGCUAGGACCAAUAAUGCUUUCAGAGCCUUCAAAGGAGACAUUUAUGGAUUGGGUGUCAUUCUUCUCGAGCUUCUUACUGGAAAGCUGGUGCAGAAUAAUGGAGUUGACUUGGCUGACUGGGUUCUCUCGGUUAUUCGAGAGGAGUGGACUGUUGAAGUCUUUGACAGGUCCCUGAUCUCAGAAGGUGCAAGCGAAGAAAGGAUGGUGAACUUGUUGCAGGUGGGGAUUAAAUGUGUUAAUCAAACCCCGGAUGCAAGGCCAAGCAUAAACCAAGUUGUUGUCAUGAUCAACACCAUCAAAGAUGAAGAAGAGAGAUCCAUAUCUUUUGACGUUUGAACCAUUAUAAAAGAGUAAUCUUUUGCUUAUUAACGUAGGACCAGAAUUUCAAAACAUGCAAAGAAACUUUGGCUGAGGAAAAUUCGUUUUUCUCAAACCUAAAUUUCGUUGUAAUGAGUGCAGGAGAAAGUAGUAGAUAGGUCUUUGUAUGAAACUUAUUCGACUUUUUACUCAAUAAUUGAAUAGUAAUUCCUGUUUUCCCCCA